GACCUUCCUUUCAUUCCUGUAAUCCGUCUGCGUAGGGUGUGCUCCGGAGCUAGUCUCGGCACACAUUUUAUUAUUAUGAAACAAACCAAAAGCUAGAGAGCACACGCAGACAUAUUUUUAUAAGAAAAAUUAAAAAAAAUCGGUGAAGCAGGAUUUGAUUUGCCAACCCCAAGCAACGCGAAGAAGACGCUGCCUUCGAAUACGAACGAAAGACGGAACGAGAAGAACGUUAGCAAGCUAAGCCGUUAGCGUCAUUGUUGAAAGCGUGGGCGAUUAACGUUAACCAGUUAUAUUGUUAACCACUCAUUUGACCUGUAAGGGAUUUAUUUGUUCUUCCAGAUACAACUGUGAAUUGUACUAUUUGUUUCGUACAGUACAGGCAGUUUCGGUUUGUUACUGGCCGUGUUAGAGUUCAAAUUCCAAAUCGUGAAGUCCGCGAGCCAUAUCGGCGAGGCCACGUUCCGACAUUUUGCUAAUCAGGCUAACUAGCCCACGUUGUUAGCUGUUGAGGUACUUGUGUCUGCGGUCUUGUGAAACCAUCAAGAGACCGACGAAAAGGAACCCCUCCUUACUAAGGGUAAUUUUGUUAGACUGUUGUCAACAAAAUAUCGAGCUGAUACAAGUAUUUUCCCAUUGCUUGAGAACACGCGUCGACCGACAUGAAUCCUAGCGCGCCUAGCUACCCGAUGGCCUCCCUCUAUGUGGGAGACCUGCACCCAGACGUUACCGAGGCCAUGCUCUACGAGAAAUUCAGCCCGGCUGGGCCCAUCCUCUCCAUCAGAGUCUGCAGAGACAUGAUUACUCGUCGUUCCCUAGGCUAUGCCUAUGUCAACUUCCAGCAGCCUGCUGAUGCUGAGCGGGCCCUGGACACCAUGAACUUUGAUGUGAUCAAAGGCAGGCCUCUCCGCAUCAUGUGGUCACAGCGUGACCCUUCACUGAGGAAGAGUGGAGUAGGCAACAUCUUCAUCAAGAACCUGGACAAAUCUAUCGAUAACAAGGCCCUCUAUGACACCUUCUCUGCAUUUGGAAACAUCCUGUCUUGUAAGGUGGUUUGUGAUGAAAAUGGCUCAAAGGGUUACGGCUUUGUGCACUUUGAGACCCACGAGGCUGCUGAGCGGGCCAUUGAGAAAAUGAACGGCAUGUUGCUCAAUGACAGAAAAGUAUUUGUUGGACGCUUUAAAUCGCGUAAAGAGAGAGAGGCGGAGCUUGGAGCUCGUGCCAGAGAGUUUACCAAUGUUUACAUCAAGAACUUUGGGGAGGACAUGGAUGAUGAGAAGCUAAAAGAAUUGUUUGGCAAAUAUGGGCCUGCCCUUAGUAUCCGGGUUAUGACUGAUGAGAGUGGCAAAUCCAAAGGUUUUGGUUUUGUCAGUUUUGAGAGACAUGAAGAUGCACAAAAGGCUGUGGAUGACAUGAAUGGUAAAGAACUGAAUGGCAGACAAGUGUAUGUGGGCCGUGCACAGAAGAAAGGGGAGCGUCAGAAUGAGCUGAAGCGCAAAUUUGAGCAAAUGAAACAGGACCGCAUGACCAGAUAUCAGGGUGUCAAUCUGUAUGUGAAAAACCUGGAUGAUGGCCUAGAUGACGAGCGUCUGCGCAAAGAAUUCUCUCCAUUUGGAACCAUAACAAGUGCAAAGGUAAUGAUGGAGGGUGGACGCAGCAAAGGCUUUGGCUUUGUGUGCUUCUCCUCCCCUGAGGAGGCCACUAAAGCUGUGACGGAGAUGAAUGGUCGCAUUGUGGCUACAAAGCCGCUGUAUGUUGCCCUGGCUCAGCGAAAGGAGGAACGUCAGGCUCAUCUAACCAACCAGUACAUGCAGAGGAUGGCAACUGUCCGUGCUGUGCCCAACCCAGUCCUCAACCCAUAUCAGCCUGCUCCACCCUCAGGCUAUUUCAUGGCAGCUAUACCACAGGCCCAGAACCGUGCUGCAUACUACUCUGCCAACCAGCUGGCCCAGCUCCGCCCCAGCCCGCGUUGGGCCACUCAAGGAGUCCGACCUCAACACUUCCAAAACAUGCCCAAUGCUAUGCGGCCAUCAGCACCAAGGCCCCAGACCUUCAACGCCAUCCGUGCUACGGCGACCACCAACACACAGGUCCCACGCAUGAUGGCUUCCCAGCGUAUGCCCACUCAGGCACUCAGCCAGCGACCUGCCAGUGCUUCUGCCACUGCCGCUCCAGUGCGUACCAUGCCCCAGUACAAAUAUGCUGCUGGUGUGCGCAAUCCUCAGCAGCACAUGGCCUCCCAGCCACAGGUCACCAUGCAGCAACCGGCGGUCCAUGUCCAGGGACAGGAGCCCCUGACUGCCUCCAUGCUGGCUGCUGCUCCCCCUCAGGAACAGAAGCAGAUGCUGGGUGAGCGUCUGUUUCCCCUGAUCCAGAACAUGCACCCCAGUCUGGCGGGCAAGAUCACUGGUAUGCUUCUGGAGAUUGACAACUCAGAGCUGCUUCACAUGCUCGAGUCACCCGAGUCACUGCGCUCAAAGGUGGAUGAGGCGGUUGCUGUGCUUCAGGCCCAUCAGGCUAAGGAGGCUGCUCAGAAGUCCACCACCCCUGCUGGUGUUCCCAGCGUCUAAGAUAGAGCAUUUUGAAACCUGCUUCACCGAUGGAAAAAGAGAAAAAAAACUUAAACAUUGAAAAACCUAAAACUCUGAAAACAUCGCAAAAUGAUAAAUUAUUUCUUAAAAAAAGAAAACAAUUGACUCUGCCAGGUCUAGGGAUGGUUUGACUAGACCUUGAUCAUAAACAAAAAUUUGUUGAAAAAAAAUAGCAAAA